AUGCAGAUGUUAUGGACAUUAAUCGAGUAUUUUCCUUAUAUGUUUUAACUCUUAAAGGUAUGUUUCCAGUUAAUAAUACCAUUAAAAAUAUUGAGAAAAUAGAUAUUAGCUUUAUAAACCAAUAUUUCAUUUUACUUUAAAUUUUAAUUUUUAAAAAAGUUAUAAAAAAAAAUAAUAUACAAAUUUUUAUAUUAACUAUAUAAUUUAUAAUAAUUUUAUAUUGAUAUAAUUUUAAUAAGAUUUUAUAGGGUUAAAAUUGUUUAAUAAAUUUAUAUUUUAAAUAUAUUAAUUCAAAUAUAAAAAAUUAUAAAUAUAUAUAUAUAUAUAUAUAUAUAUAUAUAUAUUUAUAUUAAAUAUUUAAUAAAUAUAAUUAUAUAAAUUUAAAUUCCAUAAAAAAAAAAUAUAUAUAUAUAUAUAUAUGUAUAUAUAUAAUUAAAAAAAUUUAUAAUAUUAAUUUUUAUUUUUAUUUUUUUUUAAAUUAUUUUUAUAUAUUUUUUUAAAAAUUGUUAAUAAUAUUCAAUAAUUUUUAUUGUUUAUUAUCUAUAUAUUUACAAAUCUAAAUUAUUUUUUAAUUUAAAUAUUUUAUUAAAUGAUUCAAUAAUAUAAAUAUUUAUUAAUUUAAUUUAUUUUUAUAUUAGUAUAAUUUUAUUUAAAUAAAUAAACUCAUACAUAAUUAAAUUAAUAUAUUAUAAAAUUAUUUUCUAAAAUAUUUAUAUAUAUAUAUUUUUUCCAAUGUAUCAAUAUAUUAGAUUAUCAAACCACUUUUACUUAUAUUUAUAUAAUUAUUAUUUUUAAAACUUAAUAUAUAUGAAAUAUAUUUUUAUUUUUAUUUUUUUAUUUUAAUUUUAGAUAUUUUUUAUUUAUAAUUCAGACUCAUAUAGUAUUUUUAAAUGA